AUGCUCGGCACUGUCAACCCGGCCGAGGAGCCGGCGUCGCAGCGAGUGCUCUCGUCGAUCGAGCUCGUCGGGCUGCUGCUCGAGAACGUCUUCUCGUUUCGCGACCGGCUCGCGCUGCACGCGACCUGUCGCACGAUGCGCGGUUUUGUCGCGGACCCCGUGCACUGGCGCAGCCUAACGCUGCAGGCGGAGCGCUUCGACAGGCCGAGCAUCUCGGAGAGGGUGCGGUUUGCGAUGCGGUGGGUCAAAGCUGGCAUCGUGCGCUCGCUGACCGUUCGAGCGCACCAUCUGAUGCUCGAACUCCCUGCGAGGGGGUGCCGUCUGGUGGAGCUCGACAUUGCAGGGGCGAGCAUCAAGGACGCGUUCCUCCUACGCGCCGCCUUCGGCGCCUGCGGAGAGACGCUGCGCCGCCUGGACGUCACCUUCGUCCGCAUCCUCGGCCACCCCCUGAGCGACUGCCUGCACGGCGCAAAAGGAGUCCAGUUUGGACCGCGUCCCGGGAUAAUCUUUACGCCGAGCCCCAUCGACCUCUUUGAGCCGCUGCGCAGGCUCGAGGUGCUCUCCGCCUACGACACCGAGUCCGCCAUCGCCGCCGAGUAUUCGAUCGUUGGCUACGCCCUCUCCCGCUGCCCUUUCCUGACCACGCUCGUCACUGGUGGAGGGAGCGAGUUCCUGUCCGACGCCACCGGCGGCCCGGCCGCAGCGACCCGGUUCGCCCAGAGCAACCUGUGCCGCCUCGAGCUCUCUCACGCCCUGAGAGCCAGAUACCUCCAUGGCCUUGCUCCGCCGGCUCACCUCACCCGCCUCUCCCUCCGAGGCUACCUUCGCUUCGGCGUCGAAGAUGUCACCUGGCUGCUCUCCUCCACUCCUCCCAUUCAAUCGCUGGACCUCUGCGGCUGCCGGGUCGCCUUGACGCACUCCUCAGACCACGAAGGGCAGCUGGCGGCCGAGACCAUCGCCAAACUCGCCCCCACCCUCACGCACCUCAACGUUCGCGGCACUGGGUUCGACGACGGCUACGCGCGAGCCCUCGCCGCCGCGGGCGCACGCAUCUCGCGCCUCAACGCAAGCUGCACGGACCUCACCGGCGUGGGCCUCGCCGCCCUCGCCAACGCGUCGCCGCAGCUUGAGGUGCUCGAUCUCUGCUACGCCCAAGGGUGCGCGCGCGACGUGCCCGCCGUCCGCGCAGCCGUGAGGAGGCACUCGCCCGGCCUGCGGAUGCUCGGCCUGGGCGGCUUCGACACGCUCAACCUCUCUGAUCUGCGGGCGAUGCUCGAGCCCAACCGCCAGUCCCUCACCCACCUCGGCAUCGGCGGCUGCACGUCCCUCGACGCCAGCGCGGCUCUCUCCCUCCUUUCCGAGGCCUGCCCCAACCUCACCGCCCUCAGCGCGCACAAGCUGCCCGGCGUCUGUACUGCUGCCCUCCUCACGGUGAUCGACAAGUGCCCCGGCCUCCGUUCCCUCGACGUCUACGACACCGUCCCAAUGCACGAGGUGUCGGACUGCGGCUCCUAUGCACUGGUGCAAUCAGUGGGCGAUUUGCUUGCCUCGAACCAACCCGCGCGGAUCCCGCUCAAGCGCUGGCUUGCUCUCGGCUGCGAGAGAGUGGGCGAGCAUCUGGGAGGCCUACCGCGCGUGAUCGAGGAGGAACAAGCGGUUGCUUACUGGUGA